AAUAAAUUCAAAUACCAAAGACGACUUUCAAGUCGUCUUGCUAUUGUCAUGUUUCGUGGGACACCCUGUAUCUGAGAAGGAUGGAGCGGAUAGUGCAGAGUAACUGAGAAGGAUGAAGCGGAUAGUGCAGAGUAACUGAGAAGGAUGGAGUGGAUAGUGCAGAGUAACUGAGAAGGAUGGAGUGGAUAGUGCAGAGUAACUGAGAAGGAUGGAGUGGAUAGUGCUCGAGUAACUGAGAAGGAUGGAGUGGAUUGUGAGUAACUAAGAACGAUGGAGUGGAUAGUGAGUAAGUAAGAAUGAUGGAAUGGAUAGUGAGUAACUGAGAAGGUUAGGCUGAGAGCCUGCCUGAGGAAUAUGGAUCCUAUGGAAUUAUUGGAAAUUUUAAAUUUUCUGCAAAGAAGACAUUGAUUCAUUGAUUAUAGUUUCUUAGUUCGUAAUGCCGCGGUUUGCUCCUGCCCAGGAUAUAUAAAAAAAUUCUAAACAACGUUUUCUAACUUUUAUAAAUAAAAUUGGAUAUUAGUUUUGAGAGAUUUAGCUAAUAAUUGUAUAAUUAUUUCAGAAAAAUGAAUAUUGUUUAAUUGUGUCUAGAAUGCAGCCUGGGAGCUCUAUAUUUUCCGUAAACUCAAGCGGCCGGGUUUUCUAUCUUGAACAGGGGAGUUCAGUAUGGAAGGAAUUCCAAUAUCUUGGAAUCGAAUUCAAGAAGAUCGCCGCCGUCAAAAACGUCGUCUGGGCGAUCGGUGGCGAUCAUCAGAUAUAUGUAUAUGUGUACGGUGUAGAAGUGCCGAUUCGAGUGAAAGAGACAUUUUUCGAGAAUGAGCGAUGGAAUCCCGUGGAGGGGUUUUGUGCCAAUCUUCUACCAACGGAUCGGCCGCAUUUCUCCAGUAUGGACGGUUACCAAGAGAAAAGUCGGGAAUCCAUCCAUUUACCAACCAUGGCCUGGGUUUGGGACGACGAAUGGCACAUUGAAACCCUUUUUAAUGGAAUGCAACUCCCUAUCGGUGGAUGGACUUACGCCGUCGACUUUCCGGCGGAGUAUUACGACAAGAAAGGGUUUACGUCUUGUGUACGACGACGGAAGUGGAUUCGAUGUCGGAAAUAUGUCGCCAUUGAUUCCUGGUCAGCGGUUCCUGGAUUAAAUAAGGACGUUUGUGAAGAACCUUUUAUUGAUAUUAGUGUCGGCGGAUAUGAUAUCUCCGGCGGAAACGAGUCGGAACUUAUGGUCUGGGCAGUAACCGUGGCCGGGCGUAUCAUGGUCCGUCAGGGAGUAACGGAUUCCAACCCCGAAGGUUGGGGUUGGAUUCAUAUCCCUACUCCGACCGGAAAAGAAGUAAGUCAGCUAUCGGUGGCUGCUUCCGGUCUUGUCUGGGCUGUAACUUGGCAUGGUUCAGUUCUAGUACGACAAGGGAUUUCUGCUCUGGAUCCGACUGGUAACUCAUGGUGCGAGGUUGAAGCUCCGAGACCGGAGAUACCUCUUGCAAUGGUCUCCGUUGGAUUUUCAAUCGUCUGGGGAGUUGGACGAGACGGUUCCGUCUGGUUUAGACAAGGAUUUAAAUCCGUAGAUUCGUCCGCUAGUGAUGUUCUUAUUAAAGGAACGAAAUGGAUCAAAAUGAUCGGAACUGUCUCUAUGAUCAGCGUAGGACUAGAGGAUCAAGUUUUCUCUAUAUCUCCGUCUUCACAGAACCAGGAUAUUCGAUGGAUUCAGAUGAGAACCGGUGUUUCUCCGUCCGACCUGAGUGGUAAAACCUGGAAAACUAUUACAGCUCAGGCACCUUUUCAAUCCUUCCGACCUAGUCGUGGUCGAAGUGUUUCCGAGUCAAGUCAAAAAUUAAGACGUUUUUCCGGGUCCUCUGAAACGCCUAGUGAAGCUUUGUCAACCCUGUCUGUAGAACCGACGGCCUCCGUUUCUAAAUCAGAAGAUGAACCUGACGUUUCCAUGUUUAAUAAUUUCGGAAAUAAUAUUAUAAAAUUUUCUGGUGAAAUUGCGCUUGCCACGGCUGUCGGUGCCGUCACACAAGCAACCGUUGGACGAAUUCCAAUUGUUGGGACUGUUGUCGCCUCAGCGGCAACAAGAGCGGUCGCCCAGGAGGUCGCCAGAUAUUCAGCCUCUCCCGCCAAAACUGAAUCUGAAUCUGAUCCUGAUCCUGAAUCUGAAUCCAAGCCAGAUUCUGAACCAAUGCAAGUAGAAUCUACUAUGGACGAAAGUAUGUUUGUGAGCGCCUUCGACAAAUUUGACGAUUCUGUUCCGGAAGUUCCAGCCGAAUCUAUGUCGGCUAGAGUUACAUUUGACGAUGACGAAAAUGAGGAUGGAGCAGGAGAACCACAAUGGAUGUGGUUGACUGGUGGCUCCUGCACGGUAAGAAAUGAUAAAUCCUCCCCAGAUUGGUUUCUUGAAACUAAACGUCCUGAACGACAAAAAACUAUUGAACUUGAACCCUGGAGACAGGAUAUUAUAGCAAGUCUAAUCUCCAACAACGCGGAAACCAAAAAAUAUUCAAAUUUUGAAGAUGCCAUAGAACGGAGUAGCUGGGUGAAGAAGGGAUUGAUUAAAUUUAACCUUGGAGGCCAAGGACAAAGGUUUGAACAAGCCUACCUAGAACUAGAACAAUGCGGAAGUACAGAGAAUUCAGUGGAUUUUGGAACCUUGUCUAUAUUCUCAACUAAAUCUAAUUUUAAGGAACACAUCUCUUUGUCAGAAAUAACGUGCAUCUCCUUCUGUUCGGAGAAAUCAACGCCCCAACUCGCCGUUUUUACUCCUAAACGAAGCAAGCUCUUGCUCCCAAUACACAUUAGGUUCAACUCAGAGAAGGAGAUGGAGGAGUGGCAUGCGGAUCUUGUAUCAGGAAUAAAUGGUGUACGUGGAACUGUAGGCCGUCCCUCCUCCUCCAGUAUAUUCUCAUUAACCAAUAGAGGAGAAGUUCUAGUCUUUGAUCCAUCAGCAAACCUGGAUACAGGACUAGAUGAGAACUCAGAAGUAGGGAGUAGUUACUCACAGGAAAUUGAAGUAUUUGAGAAACCUCUGCCAUUGCUUGAAGGAUUAACUAACGGGUUUGAACCUGGAUCUUCUCUCUACGUGGAGCUACGUCUCCUGGAGUCCUGUGAUACUUUUUCCUUGAACCUAAUGUUGGGAAAACUAGGAAUCCCCGGAGUAGACAUCAGUCUUCACUUCAAUCCUCGGCUUAAUCUUGAUCAGAUAGUUCUAAAUAGUUACCAGAACGGAGUCUGGGAGAACGAGGAGAAACUACCCGUCAUUGUUAUUAUGGACGACGGUUCGGCCAUUCGCGCAUUUCAGAGAUCUAACAUUAUCCAGCUCGUUAUUAAAGCGCUCGCGGAUAAAUAUGAAAUAUUUGUCAACGGAAUGAAGUUUGGCGGGUUUAAGUACAGGCUUAGACCGGAGCACGUGACACAUUUUAAAAUCGGAGGAGAUGUGGAGGUUAAUAAAGUCGUGUACACCUCCAAAUCAAGAAUUUUGCCUCCGACGGACAUGUACUGGAGGUCCCUUGGAGGCGGACAUCUCCUCCAGGUUGAGUGUGGACCUGGAGGCGUGGUUUGGGGACUCUCUUAUGAUGGUACAGCCUGGGUCUACACUGGUGGAUGGGGCGGAGCACAUUUUAAAGGCUCCGCCUCCAGCAAUCAAGGAAUUUAUCCAAUGCAAGACCGAAAAUACUUCUAUAUUUACGAAAAUCAAAGAUGGAAUCCGUUAACAGGUUUCUCCGCCCACGGAUUGCCCACAGACCGGUACAUGUGGAGCGAUAAAUCUGGGAAAUAUUCCGCCACCAAGGAGAGCAUUAAACUCCCGUCCUCCGCCUGGCAGUGGACCGGAGACUGGAUUGUGGAUUACCAUACUCCCGGCGGAGUAGAUCGGGACGGAUGGCAGUUUGCUACGGAUUUCCCGGCCAGCUAUCAUGACAAGAAAACGUUUACAGACUACGUCCGUCGACGGCGUUGGGCCCGGAGAUCCCAACUUGAGACCUCUGGUCCCUGGAAACCCGUUGGAUCAACUAAACUAAUAGAUAUCUCCAUCCAACCCUGGGUUGAUGCCAAGAGUAAAGUAAGUGUCUGGGCAGUUGCAACCAACGGAGAAGCCCUAUUACGUCAAGGAGUCAGUAAGGAUAUCCCGGAGGGUACAGCUUGGACUCAUGUUAUGAGCGAUUCUCUGUUUCAAGGAGUAUCUAUCGGAGUGGAUGGUUCGGUUUGGAUGGUUAGCUCCGAGGGUCUGAUAUUUCUCCGUCAAGGUAUAUCUGAUAUGAGUCCCACGGGGAGAUGUUGGAGUCAGGUUUCAAACCCGGAUAAAACCACGGUCUUCCGAAGUGUUAGCUGUGGUAGGGUUGGAUUGUGCGGUCUGGACAGCACAGGACGACUCUGGCUCCGACAAGGGAUUCAACCUCAGUUUCCGGAGGGAACCUCUUGGGCUCUUGUGUCGGAGGGGGUGAAGAGCGUAUCCGUCGGAGAUCAAUCUGAUAUCUGGGCGGUAUUGGAGAGCCAACACGGGGUGGGUGGAGUAGUUGCAAGAAGGCGUGGUAUUACUCCGGCCCGGCCCACUGGAGAUGAGUGGGAGACAUGUAUCGGAGGUGGUUGGAAGCAUAUUUCUAUCAGAGGUUGGACUAAGUAGAUAAUUUGAAUAUUCAGCGAUUUAUUUAUUUCAAAUCGCGCAGUACUUAAUAAGAGCUUUUAAUUGAAUUAAAUUAUAUUUUAAAUUAAAAACCUAUACAGCAGAGAUACAAACAGUUGAGUUUAGCACAGUGAGCCUCCAAAAAACAUGAGACAUUUAUUCAUCGUUAUGCAGUAUUUAUCCUUUGUUAUUUAAACUUUUAAAGCAAUUCUUUCAUCUCUAUUUUUUUUGGUACUGACUGUGUGUGUUUUAUUUCUACUUAAAAAUUGUGAUUUAGAAAUCUCAGUUCUGAAGAGUUUCAGCAUUUAAAAUUUUUAAACAAUACUUAUUUUUUGAUUUUUUGAUUUCUUUAUUCUCGCUCUCAUUGUUUAAAA